UACUAUUAUUUUAGGGGCAGAGAGUAGUUCUAUUCCAAUUUCCAUGUCCAAUGGAAUCGAGCAUAAACUGAAGAACUAAGAUGGUGUGAACUGCGUGAGUCAGACUCAGACAAGAACAAAAUACAAUUCAUUAUGGAUAUCAACAUAAUUAUUGUUGUUGAUUUCUUCAUUAGAUUUGAUAUUAAUUUAUGUUCUUCCUUCUUUGGACAAUCCUUCUCUAAUCUUUCCUAGCCUUCUAGUACUAUAAAACAAACCAACAAGAUCAAACCUAUACAUCAAUUCAACACCAAUUCUGCCUCUCUUUGUUUGCUUUCCAUUUCUCCCAUGGAAGAAUCCAACAAUCCCAUGAAUCAGCCCGACCCACUUUUGAAAUCUGGAGCAUUCAUCGACCCAAACCCAUCUUCAUAUAAUGGUUCUUCCUCUCACCCGAACCCGGAUGUUCAAAUGGGUGCUUCUUCCUUUGACCCAAACCCGGAAGUUCAAAGGAGUGGUAGAGUACCAAAUUCUGGUGGGACCGUGGAGGGUGCUCAGCCGGGCCCGACUGAUAAUGAAGCUUAUGUGAUUCCGACACCUGACUGGUUGCCGCCUGACUGGACUUGCAUAGAGCGUGUUAGGGCUUCUGGUGCUACUGCUGGUACUCGUGAUAAGUACUAUAUAGAACCAGGGACGAAGCGUAGGUUCAGGUCAAAGAAGGAGGUGGAACACUAUCUCAAAACAGGAACACCCAAGAAGAAGAAGACUGCUGAUUCUGAUGCUGAUAGUACGGCAGGAUCGGAACCUUCUUCAAGCUCUAAGCGCAAGAAAGCCGGGGCAAAGGCGAAAGAUGCCUGGAAGAAUUUCAAGUUUGAUGAUGUCCCGGAGAAGGUUACCUGGGAGCUGACGGAUGUCUAUGAAGGGACAUGGAGUCCGUUUAUAAACGGUGUUGAUGGGAUUUCUGAAACUGAAAUGCAGGAAUGGAGUGCAGCUUUUACAUACCUUUCCUUAAAAGAUACCGAGAUAUGAUUUGUCAUCUUGAAGGUUUAUUCUUCUUCUCUAGCUUGUUAAAAAAACAUACAAACAGACCUCACAGAUGAGCCAUGUUCAUAUGAUAUCUUUCCAACUGGAAUGAAUAUUGGUGAAUACAGAAUUUGAUGGUUCAUGGUUA